UAACAAUGGCAGCUUCCAUGUGGAGAACCUUGUCAUGUGCAAGCAGGCACUUUAGCUUACGUUUAUUCAAAAGAAACAUAUCAUUUUCAGCUCGACGACUACUUCUCUCAGAGGCAUACAGUUGUAAUGAAGCGUGGCAGAAAAGGCUUGAAUCUCCAGUGUUUGAAAAAAUAGUUUUCAGUGAGUUUGCAAUCCAGUUGAAGGACAAGUUAGAAAAGCAGAAGCGAGCCAGUGUGAUUGAUAUGGAUAUUUUUGCUAACAAGCUGCAUGAAAUGGAUUUGUCUGAUGUGGAAUUUAUGGAAGAUUUGAUCAAAAGGUUUCGAUUCACUGAGGAUGCUGUUCCUGUCCAAGAUUCAAUUGUACACGCUAUAAUCCGGGCUUACAUCAACCUCGGGCUCGUCGAUCGAUUACUUGCCAUGAUCAAAGACAGGGUCAAUUACGGACUAUUUCCUGACUACUACGCUGUCAACAUUCUCCUAGAUCACUUCAUCAAGCAGGAAAACUUUGCUGCUGCAGCGAGUCUGGCGUACAAGAUGAUGCUGCAGGAAGACUUCAGCCACCCUGUCACACAUCUUCUCUCUCUAUACGCAGCUGUUAAACAUCUGCAUGUCGGAAAGGUGGAUGAAAAGAUGUUCGAACCUAUCCCUGAAGACAAAGGGGAGGAGGACUGGAUUCCCGUGAAGUACAUCCGCUACCCGCACUACGACGACCACUUUGAUGUGAAGGACGAGCGCUUCCUGCUCGGGAAGACCCUCGACAUGCUGGGUCAGCACUUGACCUCCGACCCCGUUCUACAGAACUCUGUCCGCCUCAUCGGACUCGGGCUGUGGCACAAGUUUGGCAAGGGACUCUUCCUGAUGGAGGAACUCGCCAAGACAAAGAAGAAAGAAAUUAUUUUAAAUGAAUCUCUAGUUCGAUUUGACCGGUGUUUAGAAAAUGCUGAAGUCAAAGACCCAGACGCCCCCGAAAAGGAAUUAGGCUUGCAGACCAUUGAUGACGAGAUUUACAAGAUGAGACUUACACCCGAUGCUCGCGAAGAGUUGACAACAGAAUGUGAGGAGAUGUGGUACAAGCUGAGAUGGGGCGACCAAGUCAUCGAGACUGGCGAUGGUUUGCUGAAGAGAGUGGAGAGUCUCGUGAAGUCUGAACUCCCGAAACUCGAACCGGCAGACAUUGCAGACCAGACGGCCAUGUUUGACGAGUGGUCGUCCCGGCGACUGGAGCUCCUAGAGGAGCAGGUGAAGGAGUACAUCCGGCAGCAGAAGGAGGCCGAGAUCGAGGGCAAGCUGAAGGAUCUGCAGGAGAAGGAGGAGCUCCUGCGCUUCUUCGAGCUGCGUGACAAGAUUGACCUGGCCAAGGCGAGGGCGCCGAGGGAGAGGCCUGUGAAGCCGGAGGAGGAUGAGGAGACAGUGAGGGCCAAGAGGAUCAAGAGGAGGAAAUACAGACAUCACAUCUGAACUUUUCUUUUGUGUGUGUGUUUUUUUUACUUGAUUUUUUUUUUUUUUUUUUGUACAUUAAAUGUUGUUGAUCCAGGGCUUCUAGAUUAUGGUAGCCCUACUCCCAUGGCUAGUGAUAUUCAAUG